GGCAUCCAGGUGGAUAUGAUGUCCGUCCUGUUCCACCAUACCCCUUCCCCACAGGUGGUUUCCCUCCUCCUAUGACAGGUGGCUACCCUCCUCCUAUGCCAGGUGUGGUGUCUCCAUGGCCUCCUAUGAUGGACCAGUCUAAACAGUGGGACUACUACCCUCCAGGACCGGGACCGGGACCGGGACCAGGACCCAGACGGGAGGACAAGAGGGAGAAGGAGAGAGAGAGACCCAGGGAGAGACCACAUGAGAGGGAGAGAGAGAGAGAGCACAGCCCCUCCACAAUGGCUUACAACAGUGACGAGGAGCGGUACCGCGGUUACCGGGAGUACCAGGCGGAGCGCGGCUACAGCGGCGGUGACCGUGGAGGAGGUGACCGUGGAGGGGGGGAGCGUGGAGGCGUAGACCGCGGAGGUGACCGUGGAGGUGGGGAGCGUGGUGGUGACCGUGGCAGUGGUGGUGGAGGCGGGGAGCGUCACAGAGAGAGUAGCAGCAGGAGGAGACAUGAUAGUGAAGAAGGAGACAGUCACAGGAGACACAAACACAAGAAGAGCAAGAGAAGCAAGGAGGGCAAGGAACCUAGUGAUGACAUGGGAGGAGACCAGGAGAACCAGGACACCAUGGAGUGA